UCUCAUUUCAAUUCGCAAAAAAGUACACAAAAAAACCCUAGCGCCGCUCUCGUCUGCUUCACAAAAAAUGCCGCCAAAAUUCGAUCCUUCUCAGGUAGUCGAGGUUUUUGUCCGAGUCACCGGAGGUGAAGUCGGAGCGGCGAGUUCACUCGCUCCAAAAAUCGGUCCACUAGGUCUUUCACCGAAGAAAAUCGGUGAAGACAUUGCAAAGGAAACUUCAAAGGAUUGGAAGGGUCUCAGAGUUACAGUCAAGCUAACUGUUCAAAAUCGUCAAGCUAAGGUAUCAGUUGUACCUUCCGCUGCAGCACUUGUGAUCAAAGCUUUGAAGGAACCUGAACGUGACAGGAAGAAGACGAAGAAUAUCAAGCAUAAUGGAAAUAUCUCGCUUGAUGAUGUUAUUGAGAUUGCUAAGGUUAUGCAGCCUAGAUCUAUGGCUAAGGAUUUGAGUGGAACAGUGAAGGAGAUUUUAGGUACUUGUGUAUCUGUUGGUUGCACUGUUGAUGGAAAGGAUCCAAAGGAUUUGCAGCAAGAGAUUUCUGAUGGCGAUGUUGAGAUUCCUGAGAAUUGACCGUUUGCAGGCGAAGGUUAAAUUCUGAGUUUCUCUCAAUAUAGUAGUUCUUAAAUUUGGAUUCAUGUUGUUUUGUUUCUGAGAGAAAUGUUAUCAGAUAUUACUUUUCAUAUCUUAUCAUUAUGAAAAAAAAAUGUUGAUUUCGUUUCGCAAUAUUAGAAUUUGGAUGAUCAUCUUUAUUA